AUGCCGGCCAAACUCUCUGCGAGGCCCCUCCUGAGCCAUGGCUUGAGGGGCCGACUCGCUGGGCCCGCUCUCCAUGCCGGUCGGAGCUUUUCGACCACGACCACCCGGCGAAGCAUCCCCCGGGCCAGCUCUGAAGGUUCGGCCAACACCUCGCAAAGUGGUUGGCAUGGUAAUUCAGUAUGGGCUGUUGCUUUAGCCGCCGGUGCCGUUGGCUGGGGUCUUGCUAGUUCGACAAAGGACAAUUCUGCCACCGCUGGCUUUCUUCCUCUCGGUAGCGGCCUGCUUCCUAUAGACGGUCUGUCUCGCCCUGUGACUUAUGCAAGCAUGGCCGAAAUGGAGCAGGCCUUGAAGGAAAUUCGAAAGGAGCUGGGUGGCGAGGAUAUCAUCUCCACGGAUCCCGACGACUUGCAUGCUCAUGGGUAUUCUGAAUGGUCCUCGACCAAUCCUGAUGGCCUUCCGGUUGCCGUCGCAUACCCGCGAUCAACAGAGCAGGUGGCGACGAUUGCACGAGUAUGCUUCAAGUACAACGUUCCCAUCAUUCCUUACUCGGGUGGUUCCAGCCUGGAAGGGAACUUCUCGGCACCAUACGGAGGAAUCAGCGUCGACUUUGCCUUUAUGGACCAGAUUCUCUCCUUCAAUAAGGAUGAUAUGGACAUUGUUGUUCAGCCGAGUAUCGGAUGGCAAGACUUGAACGAAAAAUUGGCAAAAAUGGAGAGCGGUCUCUUCUUCCCUAUCGACCCUGGCCCAAGCGCAAAGAUUGGCGGAAUGAUCGGUACAAAUUGCUCAGGGACCAACGCUGUUAGAUACGGAACCAUGAAGGAUUGGGUAAUCAACCUUACCGUUGUCUUGGCAGACGGAACUGUGGUCAAGACUCGGAGACGACCAAGGAAGUCUUCCGCCGGCUACAAUCUGAAUGGACUGUUCGUAGGAUCUGAGGGAACACUAGGCCUUGUAACUGAAGCAACCCUGAAGCUCACUGUUGUGCCCGAAGACUUUUCGGUCGCUGUGGUUACAUUCCCCAGUAUCAGAGACGCUGCUGCGGCUGCAGCCGAAGUCAUGCGGAAUGGUAUUCCUGUGGCUGCGAUGGAAAUCAUGGACGAGGUCCAGAUGAAGGUCGUCAACUUGGGUGGCGCAACAGCACCUCGCGUUUGGCAGGAACUCCCGACCCUGUUCUUCAAGUUCUCCGGUACCAAAGCCGGUGUCAAGGAGAACAUUGGUCUCGUUCAGAAGAUCACCAAGAAUCACAAGGGCGGUAACUUCGAGUUCGCAAAGGACGCGCUCGAGCAGAAGUUGCUUUGGUCUGCCCGGAAAGAGUCACUGUGGUCAAUGCUGGCCCUUCGUAAGGACGGUGAAGAAGUUUGGAGUACGGAUGUCGCUGUUCCCUUCAGCCGUCUGGCAGACCUCAUCGAGAUCAGCAAGAAGGAGAUGGACGACAUGGGGCUGUUUGCAAGUAUUCUUGGCCACAUCGGCGACGGUAACUUCCACGAAAGUAUCAUUUACAACCGGACGAUCCCUGAAGAGCGAGAAAAGGUCGAGAGGUGCGUCCACAACAUGGUCAAGCGAGCAAUAGAUAUGGAUGGAACGUGUACGGGCGAGCAUUCGAUCGGUUGGGGCAAGAAAGAGUCUCUGCUCCUCGAAGUCGGCUCCGACACCCUCGACGUAAUGAAGUCGAUCAAGCGUGCGCUCGAUCCGAAAUGGAUCAUGAACCCCGGAAAAAUCAUGGACAUUCCCGAGGGCUCAAGGACGAACCAAGGCACCUCAAGUGCCGCGGGCUCAGAGUGCCUUCCUCACCUCGACUUUACCCCCAGCCUUCUAUUGUCCCCAUCCUCCGCGCCCGUCUUUGUCCUUCCAAUUGACCUCAUCCUUCGAGCCUUCGACUUCGAUCUUCGAUCUUCCCUUCUGCCUUCAUCUAAGACACUCCGCCCAGGCUAUCUUGUCGAGAGCCAACCCGUUCAACAUACAGUCCGCGUCAUGGGAGAAGCAGAUGAACCUUGGCGAACAUGGCCGGAAUUCAGGCUGAAGGUUCGUGGCCUUCCUGAAGCCGUUGAUCUAUCUGAGCUAUACGACUCCUUCCAACAGUAUGGAAGUAUUUCUUUGCUAGAGAUCGGAGAGAACCGGAAAGGCCAACGCGAUGGAUACGCCCUGGUUCGUUUUGAGCCUCCGCCCAAAGUCAACUUCUGGUCGUCAGGAUUCCAUAUCGUCCGGCACAAGGGAGGCAAGAGCGCCCGUGUCAUUCUCCAGACUUUCCGACCGCCUCAUGAGAGAUACUCCAAUUUGAUAAAGAGUCCCUCAAACCCCAAUAUCUGGUUCGAUUCCAAGAUGACACUUGAGGCGGAACGUAUGGACUUUGGCACGCGCUUACAGGAGAAGGAGAUGAUGGUAUUUAAAUCCGUGCAUAAUGGCGUGCGCAUCGACAUGAGUUUGACCAAGAAGAAGCUUACUCUUCACUUUGAUACUUGUCCUGUGGACUCAUCAGAAGACCAGAACGGUGACGACGACGACGAGAUAUUUCACCACAAGUGCGGAAUCGAGUUCGCCCGCCUCACUAAUGUUUAUCGAGUCGACCGAGAUGAAGACAUACUUCUGGUCAUACCGUUAGAGCUUCCACCUAUGUUCUGGACGAAGGCAAGCAGGAAGAUGCGAAGCAAGAUGGCCGCGGGCAAGACUUCAUGGGGCAUUACGGACAUGUGGGAAAGACGCACAGUCAUAUUGCACAAUGAUCAACUGCCGAAAGACUUUCCAAUCACACUUCAGUCAGACUUCGAAGAUCCUGACUUCAUCAAUACUGGUCGCUGGACAACUUAUAGAUUCGCGAUCCCAAAAGCUGGAAACGGCACUCUGGAGAAAUUCCUGCAGGCUUUAGAGGCCCACAACAUCACGGCCAUUACUGUAGAGCACUUCGCGACUGCCUCUUCGCGACCUCCUCUGCUCGGUACUGUGUUUAGAGCCCAAGCUACCGACAGUCGAUUGAGAUCUUUUGACCCUGAUUCCGAUAAUCACCACUUGCCCUUCGAGGUCCACUACCAGCUUGAGGUCUGUAUCUCACGGGGUAUUCUAUCAGAGUACUCCAUUAACCAGGCGUUCAUCGACCGACUGCGUCAGAUGGACAAGGACCGGGCAAAGUGGAUGCUCGAGUACUUUUCGGAUCAAGGAAAAAGGGAAUGGAACCCGAUGGAGAUGUUUGGGAGUGAAGAGGCUGCUCUUUACUUUCCCGGCAUGAGUAUGCCAUACUACUGCACCACGAUCCGAAAGGUCAUUGUCACACCAUCGACCAUGCACCUUUGCUCUCCAAGCAUCGAAUCCUCCAACAGAGUAUUGCGAAAGUAUAACUCUUAUCAAGACCGCUUCUUGAGAGUUCAAUUCACGGACGAGCUGUAUAGAGGCAAGGUCUACAGCGAUGCAGGCAACGAAAUCCACCACCGCAUUUACCGUGCCCUAAAACAAGGCAUCAAGAUUGGCAACCGCACUUACGAAUUCCUCGCGUUUGGAAACUCGCAAAUUCGAGAGUGCGCUGCCUACUUCUUCUGUCCGACCGAUCAUCUUUCAUGCGAUCAGAUCCGAGACUGGAUGGGGCACUUCAACCAUAUCAAAAAUGUCGCCAAAUACGCUGCUCGUAUCGGCCAGUGCUUCUCUACAACGCGAGAAAUCCGAGGUGUCACCGUUCCACAGAUUGUACAGAUGCAAGAUAUCGAGCGUCAAGGCUAUUGCUUCAGCGAUGGUGUCGGCAAAAUUUCGAAGCUAUUGGCCGAAAUGGUAGUCCAUGAGAUGGGCCAGGAUACGGUUGGAAUACCCUCUGCUUUCCAGUUUCGCAUGGGUGGCUGCAAAGGCAUGCUGGCUGUCUGGCCUGAUGCCAAGGGCCUCAACGUUCAUAUUCGACCUUCGCAAGAAAAGUUCAGGGCCCAGUUCAACGGCUUAGAGAUCAUCAAGUUCGCGCAGUUUUCACCAGCCACGCUGAAUCGACAAACCAUAACCAUUCUUACGACGCUCGGUGUCAAGGACAGUCCAAUAUUGGAUCUUGCUGAACAACAAAUCCAGGGCUACGAGAAGGCUAUGAAAGACCGAGUUGCCGCUGCAAGCUUACUGGGGCAAUACAUUGACGAGAACAUGACAUCUCUAACAAUCAAAGAUCUCGUCUGUUGGGGCUUCAUGGAUGCAGAGAUUCAAGAGCCUUUCGUGCUGACAAUUCUGGAUCUCUGGCGGAUUUGGUCUAUGAAGCUGCUGAAGGAAAAGGCGCGCGUGGUCGUCGAUCAAAGUGCUUUUCUUCUCGGUUGCCUGGACGAAACAGGCACACUGAGAGGUCACAGCCAGGCAACUGAGGGGAAGAAUACCAACAACAUCGAGGACUUGCCGCAGAUCUUCCUUCGAAUUCCGAAACCACAAGAUGGCGAAUUCUACUGCGUCACCGGCGUGUGCAUCGUGGGACGAAACCCUUCACUUCAUCCAGGUGAUAUUCGGGUUGUGGAAGCGGUUGAUAUCCCUGACCUCCAUCACCUCCAGAAUGUUGUGGUGUUUCCAAGCACCGGUGAUCGAGAUGUCCCUAGCAUGUGCUCCGGGGGUGACCUCGACGGAGAUGAUUUCUUCGUCAUCUGGAACCAAGACCUCAUUCCCCAGAACUGGCACCACAAGCCUAUGAACUACAUCGCACCCAAGGCCCCGAAACUGAAGCGAGAUGUCAAGGUAUCAGAUCUGAGAACAUUCUUCGUUCGUUAUAUUCAGAACGACUGCCUGGCCAAGGUUGCAACUGCACAUCUAGCUCACGCCGAUCUCUCUAAACAAGGAGCGAACGACAAGAAAUGCUUGAGGCUGGCAGAGCUGCACUCCAAGGCGGUAGACUACGUCAAAACUGCAGAUCCAGCUGAAUACCCUGACGAGCUCGAUCCCAAACAGUGGCCGCACUUCAUGCGCAAAUUUAAUGCAUACAAAUCCCAGACUGCGCUUGGCAAGAUCUUCGACAGAAUCGUUGAGCAGGAGCUCAACCCUCUCUACGACAAGAAGUUUGACGGAAGGGUAUUGAGAAGGUUUGAACUGCCCGAAGAACUUCUACAAAAGGCUCGCAAGAUCAAAAAACAAUACGACACAGCUAUGCGUCGUCUCAUGAGUCAUCGCGACGUUCACACCGAAUUCGAAGCAUGGACAGGCUUCAUUCUGUCAAAACCCCGGGUUGGCAGCGACUACAAGCAGCAAGAGGACAUUGGUCGAGAAUCAGCGGCACUCAAGCAAAGAUUCCGAGAGAUUUGCUACACAGAGGCCGGGAGCAGACGGUUCGAAGACUUCGCCCCUUUCGUGGCUGCAAUGUAUCAAGUGACCGAGCAAGAGGUCAAUGUAGCGCUUGCAGACGAGUACGAAGACGAAGAUCACAAGCGACAAUCGAUGCCCCUGAUCAGCUUCCCGUGGAUCUUUCACUGGAUCAUGGGGCGCAUCGCCACGGGCAAGGUCAAGAUCAAGCCUACCGUCGACCCCGAAGCCAAGGCGGUACCCAUGAGGUCGUACCCUAUUCGUCGAUUCGAGCAAGAUGACAAGGAUGCCCAUCAGGAGACUCAUCUCGACGACGGCAGAGUGGUGCACCACGGUGACCUAUUGGAGGUAUUUGAGAGCAUCACGAAGGAGGCUUCCGGAGUCUCACCGUCACCCGAUGAACGCGAUGCUGCUACUGGCCAGGAGGAAGAGAUACACGUUGAAGAGGAAGACACUGCCAUGGACGCCAUGGACCGACUGAUGGAGAGUGCCUUGAUCUAA